AUGUGGGAGGACGUGCUAGCCUCAUUCGAAGGCGGAAAGCCAGGGAGCAGGAUCCUGAUGACGAGCCAAGCAAACAUGUGCGUCAGGGCGCUCGGCGCCGGGACAAGGAUCGUGCUGGACGGGAUCGGCGCCGCCGACCUCGCGCUGGUGCUGAAGCAAACGGCGUUCGGGGACGAGCAUGCAGAGACCCCGCUCCUCGACGAUGUUAUCCAAAGCGUCGCGGUGUGUCUCAGGGGCUCACCGUCGGCAGCGAAAGCUGCCGUCGGCAAGCUGACAGACAAGAGGAGCAAGAGCGGCUGGAAGGGCCUCUUAAAGCCGGGAUCAGGACACUCCGGCGCCGGCGAUGCAUGGAGCUACUGGAAUCUGUCGCCGCAGCUGAGAUCUUGCUUGGGAUUCUGCAGCAUGUUCCCGGACAAGUGGGAGUUCGAGCCUGAAACGCUCGUCAAGAUGUGGAUAGCAAAUGGCAUCAUCCGCGGCGACGACAACGGGAAUGUGGAGAUAGGGAAAAAGUACAUUAGAGAUCUACAGGCGAGGUCCUUGUUCAAAUCCAUCAAGGAAGACGGACGAACCUACUUUGUCCUUCCUGAGCUGGUCCAUUCGAUGCUCCUGUCACUGCCCACGAAGUAUUUCCACAGGUUUAGCCAUGAGGAUCUUACCAGCAGCCCUACAAUAGUCCCGGAAAGUGUUCGGCACCUAUCCCUGAUCGGUGGAGGAUGCCAUGCCCUGGCUAAGCUUAAGGAGAUGGAAAACCCUGUGCUUAACAAGUUGAAGACGUUAUUAGUCUUCGAGGGCUCCGCAAUUGACAAGGAAGUAACCGAGCAACUCAAGGCCGUCACUAUGCUGGACUUGGCUGGCACACAGAUCGUCGAUCUGCCAAAAGGCAUCGGCAAGUGUAAACAUCUGCGGUACCUAGGCCUCCCGGACCCGGAUACCAUCAGGAGCCUUCCUGCCGCCGUUACAAAGCUGUUGCAUCUGCAGACUCUGUCCCUGGGCAAGAAAUGCACGCUUGAUCAGGGCUUCCCAGCUCAUGGCAUGUGCAGCUUGAUCAAUCUGAGGCACCUCGACAUGCCCGUCAAGUACAUUGGCAUGAUAAGUCACCUUGGAAGGCUGAAGCAACUCCAGGGGUCAAUCGAGUUGUGCGCUGACAAGGGACAGAGGCAUGUCAUCCUCCAAGAGCUUGCCGGCAUGAACUCCCUCCACGGCACCAUCACCGUGAAGGGGCUUCACGCGGUCGCCAGAAAGGAAGAAGCUCAGAAAGCCCGCCUUGAAAAGAAAGAGCAUGCUAAGGUCCUAAAGUUUGAAUGGUCGGGGGAACGAGCUUGCUCCAUCCGCUCACAGGAGCAAGUUUUUGAGGGGCUCCGGCCACCCCGUAACAUACAAGAGCUGCACAUCCGCAGGUACCAGGGCACAUCAUCGCCUAGCUGGCUGGAGGGCAACCACCUAAAAAACUUGAGUCAGCUGCAUCUCAUAAACUGCCCCAAUUGCAAGGUGCUUCCAUGUCUUAACCAGCUGCCUGACCUCAGGGUUCUGCACAUCAAAGAGAUGCGCUCCGUCGGUCGGAUUGACCGCAUGCUCUUGGGCGGCAGAGGCGGGGUUCUCCGGUCGCUGCAGAAACUUGAGCUGGAUGAUAUGCCCAAUCUGGCCGAGUGGAGCGUCGAUUCCACCGGCGACGCGUUCCCUCGCCUCCAAGAGGUACACAUCCUUAACUGCCCCAAACUGAAGCACCUGCCACGGAUCCCAUCCACCGUCAUCAACUUGAAGAUAGAGCACGAAAACUCUUACCUGCACAUGUACCCCUGCUCGAGGUCCACGUCGGCCUCUUUUGUUUUGGAAAUCCACGGGGAGGCGGUGGAGCGGCUGCAGCAAGAUUUCCUCCUCCAGGAUCCCGCCAGGGAUAUCCACGCCCUGAGCAUUAAGAGGUACGCAGGGCCCGGUGAAGUAAGCAUCAACCUUCUCUCUUCUGCCCGAAGCCUUUCGUUGAGCCGAUGCGUCCUGACGGAUCGGCAGCUUGAGAUGUUCUUCCAGAAACUGCAGUCCCUCGAGAUGCUGGAGAUCUCUGAUUGCACCGAGUUCCGCGCGUUCCCGGACGACGCCGUACCAGCGUCGCUGAAAUCACUUUGGUUGAAAGGAUGCCACCCCACGCUUAUGGAGGAGCUACAUGAUAGGACAAGCCCUACGUGGGCAAGGAUUAGCUCAAUCCCCAGAGUCAACAUUAUUGACUGA